GGUUGCGGUCGGUGUACUCCACCGCUGCCCCGGCCAGCCGCUGCAUUGCGAGGAAGACUGUACUGUACGUGGCAGCAGGGCGUGCUGUGGCGGCGGCGGGACGGCGUCUUCGUCGUCUUCGUUGGCGGCGGCGGCUUCGGUGACUAGCGGGCGGGAGCGCGGAGAGCAAGAUGGCGGAGCGAUUGACCCGUAUUGCUAUUCUGAACUCGGAUCGCUGCAAGCCGAAGAAGUGCCGCCAAGAAUGCAAGAAGUACUGCCCCGUCGUUAAGACAGGUAAAUUGUGCAUCGAGGUGACGUCCCAGUCAAAGAUCGCGUUUAUUUCUGAGGAGCUGUGCAUUGGAUGCGGUAUUUGCGUUAAGAAAUGUCCAUUUGAUGCAAUUACCAUCAUCAAUCUUCCGAAGGACUUGGAGAAAGACACGACUCAUCGCUAUGGCCCCAACGCCUUCAAGUUGCACAGACUGCCGGUGCCAAGACCAGGCCAAGUGUUGGGGCUUGUUGGCACAAAUGGAAUUGGGAAGUCCACAGCCAUCAAGGUUCUGGCAGGGAAAUUGAAGCCAAAUCUUGGGAGGUUUGAUAAUCCACCAGACUGGCAAGAGAUUCUGACCUACUUCCGCGGUUCAGAGCUUCAGAAGUACUUCACGAGGAUCCUUGAAGACAACCUGAAGGCUAUCAUCAAGCCACAAUAUGUGGACCACAUCCCGAGAGCUGUCAAGGGAAAUGUCAAUAAGGUGUUGACAGACAAAGACGAAAGGGACAAAAAGGAGGAGCUGGUCACCAAUCUUGACUUGAGGAGCGUGUUGGACAGAGAGGUGGAAAAUCUAUCAGGAGGUGAAUUGCAGCGCUUUGCAAUCGCUGUUGUUGCGACACAACAGGCAGACAUCUACAUGUUUGACGAACCUUCAAGUUACUUGGAUGUGAAGCAGAGGUUGAAAGCUGCCCAGGUUGUGCGGUCUCUACUUAGACCAGCCAGCUAUGUGAUUGUGGUGGAGCACGAUCUGAGUGUGCUAGACUAUCUUUCGGACUUCAUCUGUUGCCUCUAUGGAAAACCUGGUGCCUAUGGUGUGGUGACAUUGCCCUUCUCAGUCCGUGAGGGUAUCAAUAUAUUCUUGGCUGGGUUUGUGCCUACUGAAAAUCUGCGUUUCCGGGAUGAAUCAUUGACAUUCAGGGUUGCGGAAAAUGCAGCAGAGCAGGUUGAGGAGGUGAGGUCGUAUGCACAGUACAAGUAUCCUUCGAUGACCAAGGUACAAGGUGGGUUCAAGCUAGCCAUCAAGACUGGUGAGUUCACGGACUCACAGAUCGUUGUCAUGCUGGGAGAGAACGGAACCGGCAAGACAACAUUCAUUCGUAUGCUGGCUGGGCUGCUGCAGCCUGACACAGUCGAAGCUGGAAUUGACAUACCUGAGUUCAAUGUCAGCUACAAGCCACAGAAAAUCAGCCCCAAGUCUCAGGCAUCAGUGCGGUAUCUCCUCCACAGCAAGAUCAGGGAUUCCUAUAUGCAUCCUCAGUUCAACACGGAUGUGAUGAAGCCUCUGCAGAUCGAUCAAUUAAUGGACCAGGAGGUUAUCAAUCUGUCUGGAGGAGAGUUACAGCGAGUUGCUAUCUGUCUAUGCCUUGGAAAGCCUGCUGACAUUUACUUGAUUGAUGAACCAAGUGCAUACCUGGACUCUGAACAACGUAUUGUUGCUGCCAAGGUCAUCAAACGUUUCAUUCUUCAUGCCCAGAAGACUGCAUUUGUGGUGGAACACGAUUUCAUCAUGGCCACGUAUCUUGCUGAUCGGGUGAUUGUGUACGAGGGUAAUCCAUCUGUGGACUGUGUUGCGAACACGCCACAGAGUCUUCUUACGGGCAUGAAUCUGUUUCUCCAGCAUUUGGACAUCACAUUCAGGAGAGACCCUUCGAAUUUCCGUCCUCGCAUCAACAAGCUGGAUUCUAUCAAGGACAGGGAGCAGAAAUCAGCGGGCAAUUAUUAUUACUUGGAUGAAUAGGUCUCACUUCCUGCGCUGCUGAUUGUGUCCCAGCAUUCUUUCUACAGUCAUUUGUGUGCUGUUUGAUGUGGUGGUUGUGCUGGCUGUCUCUCGACGUCGUGCACACAGGCACACACACACACACAUGCAUUCUGCAUGUCAGAUAAGUUACGUACCUGUUAUCUCUUUCCUCAACUACUGACCACCGCAUUCUCCAUUCCCAUUGUCAGUCUCCGCCUCUCGGAUCCGUGUUUGCUCGCUUGUUUUUGUGAGCAUGUGUUAUGCUUGCUGAUUCUUUCAGCUCUACUAGGCUUUGAAUUACAGAGGGUGUGUUAAUGCCUCUAUCCUCCUACCCAAUAUCGUGUCGUGGCGUGGGUCUCGACCUGGUUCGCAGACUGGAUACCAAUCAAGUCACAGGAGUUUUCCAGUGCUUGGGCACAUGCCUACCCGCAGUGAGCUUCAUGGGCUCAGUUUUGGCUCUCAGGUCCCCUGUAGUCUGGUGGGCUUUUAGAUCCUUUCUUUCCCUUUAGGUCCCCGGCUGUAUGUGUGUGCCUUGUGGAUUGGAGCGAAUUUCAGGCUGAUGCGGCUGGCGUUCUGGAUGUUACAUGGGUUAUGUACGCCCCUGUUCAACGGUCAGGGCCGAACAGUGGAUGUAGGCAGUUAUUUGCAUGCUAUAGUUGUCAUCCUGAAAUGUGAGUCGUUCAAUCUGCAGCGUGUUAGGGUUGGAUGUGCUUCGGUGCAAUUGUUAUUUCUAAGGCAUUGGAUAUCAUUUGGUGUUGUUCGAGUUUUUGGUCAAAGAGAAGGAAGAGAAUAUUCAAACAGACGAGACUCUCUAACUCAGUAGGUGCCUUUUCCUAUAAUUCGACCAGAUUCAAUUGGAGGACACAUUGCGAGUUUGUGAUCACACCUAUUGCUUACCUAGCUGUGUGAGGGCCGUGAGAAAUGGCCCUCCUUCGAAUGGCAUUGUCUUCAAGGACUUUGAAGGAUGUAUUUGAACGGAAUGUCCAUCAUAAA